CAUGUUUUCCCUCUAGUAUCGUUGCGACAGAGACGGAGAAGUCAAACGACAUGAAUGUAGAAAAUAAUAAUACGGCAGAAACAGAGAGUGAGCAAACGGAUCACGGCAACAUCAUUACGAUUCAAACUACACUCGGAGACGAAGAUGAGGAUGUACACAAGUGCGGACGUUGCCAGGCCGAGUUCUCCACGCUGGAGGCUUUCAUCCAACAUAAGUUACACCAGAACUGCAAGCGACGCAAUGAAACGCAAACCCACAACAAGAAACCAAAGUGUGAUAAACAAGAGGUCUCCACCUCAGAUGGACCCACUGUUGUCGAGGUGAACGUGGACUUGUCCUCCGAUGAUCCAGACAAGUCCAACACCAAUGUUGUGACAGAGGGCAGAUUGUCCUGGGGUCGCAGGAAGAGGACCGCUACAGCGAAAGCUUCUGAGGAUGCAGAAGGUGCAGAAGCCACCCACAGUCCUGACAGUGGUGACAGUACCAGGACAAUUUUCAAGAUUAACAACGAGGGACGCUAUGUUUGUGAUAUUUGCGAUAAAACUUUCAAAACAACCAACAUCCUGAGAACCCAUAUGAUUACCCACAGCGGAAUGAAAAACUUCCCAUGUGAGCUGUGUGGGAAUGCCUUCCGCACCAAAGGCUCCCUGAUUCGUCACAACCGCCGUCACACAGAUGAGCGUCCCUACAGGUGUAGCCUCUGUGGGCUCUCCUUCCGUGAGUCAGGGGCCCUCACAAGGCACCUCAAGUCCAUCACCCCAUGCACAGAGAAGAUUCGCUUCAACCAGUACAAAGAGAUACUGGUCAGCAAGGACGGGGUGCAGAAAGGAGUGGAGAUGCCCUCCCCCCAAGUGACUGGCCAGCAGAAAGCAGACGAGCAGCAGCUGGAGGACAAGGCUGCACUGGUCAGCGUGGUGGAUUGUCCUGCCCAACAGGUUAUCCAUGAGGUCCACUUCAUGGAAGUUGAGGGAGCUGCAGAGGUGGAGCAGGUGGUGGAGGAACAGUCUCCAGCCGAGGUCCUGGCUGUGGGAGACAACCUCAUCUGCCAGGCCAUCAUCAACUCUGGCAUUGCCCUGGGGACAGAGGUGGCGGUGAAGGAGGGCGGGACGGAGGGCGAGGCGGAGGGCGAGGCGGAGGGCGAGGCGGAGGGGGAAGUUGAGGACGAGGAGACAGCGGAGGAGGCAUCUAAAGAUGUCCUGCAGGUGCCUGACUCGGAGGGCAGGAUGACAGAGAUCCAAGUGACAGAAGAAUGUGUGGAAAUGGAGACAGAGAUUGACGUGACUCUGGAAAUGUCUGACAGGGAGGAGGAGCAGCCUUCCUCUAAAAUGCACAAGUGUCCUCACUGUAAUCGCUCCUUCAAGGGGCUCAACUACCUGCGCUUUCACGUCAAAGGCCAUCUAGGCUACAAGCCCUUCAAGUGUGUGAAGUGUCAGAAGGAGUUCCUGACAGGCUACCUGCUGAAGAAGCACAUGGAGGUCCACCUCAGCGAGAGGAGGUACAAGUGCGGAGAGUGUGGCAAACUCUACAAGACCAUCGGACACGUCCGUGAGCACAUGAGGGCCCAUUCUGAUGAGAGACCCUUCCACUGCAACAGCUGUGACAAAGGCUACAAGACCAAGAAUGCCUUGCAGGUACACCAGCGCACCCAUGCUCAGGAAAAGCCUUAUGUGUGCCAGUUCUGCUUGCGGGGUUUCAGGGAGAAAGGCUCUCUUGUACGUCACAUCCGCCAUCACACCGGAGAGAAGCCCUUCAAGUGCCACAAGUGUGGACGGGGCUUUGCUGAACAUGGGACACUCAAUCGCCACUUGCGUGCCAAAGGAGGCUGUUUUGUGGGUCAGAAAGAUGGGUGUGCGGACCAGGCUGAGGCGAUGGAGGACCAGGCGUCUGCAGACAGUGUUGCCACGGCAGCCAUCAUCUCUGAGGACCCUCAUGCAGUCCUGGUGGAGUUUUCCUCCGUAGUGGCCGACACCCAGGAGUACAUCAUAGGGACCCCAACAGACGAGGCACUGCCGGGUGAAGAGGUAACAGUCAUCCAAGACGGCCAGAAUCAGAUGGGCAACCACAUCAUGAAGGUGGUCCAGCAGAUCGUCAACCAAUCGCGUGGCGGAAGGGGCGGCCACCACAUCAUCUUGCGCAACGUGACCAUGGAUGAGGGCCCCUCCGUCUCCGAUAGCGGGGACACCAUCACCAUAGCGACACCCGAGAGCCUGACCGAGCAAGUAUCCAUGACGCUGGCCUCCGCCAUCAGCGACGGCACGCUAUUGGCCGCGGGAGGGGCACUGGAGACACCAGAGGGCACGUUCACCAUGGUAACCACGGCAGAAGAACAGGAGGUGGAGGUGAUGGAGCAGCAGGAGGAGUUUGUCAUCACGUCUCCCGAGGUGGAGGUCCAGACUGUCAUCGUAUGAGGACGCGUUCAGAAGAAACGAAGAGGACGUCAUUUCAUUAGGACUUGUGAGACUGUGGUACGCAAGGACUCAGGAGGACACGGAAUGACUUGAGUGUGUGAAUAAAGAUGGUGUGGAACACGCUUCAUUCUGAGGACUUCAAUGAUGGUUGAUAAAUGAAUAUAUUGUAUUUGCCUUGGAAGACAUCUUGCGCUAUGAGGACAUAGUGUGUGCACAGAGAAUUUCAAGUUAGUAUAUGACUGAGGAUGUUUUGAAUUGAAGGAAGGCAAAGGACAUGAAAUUGGGCCUUUUUUUGUUCUGAUAAUUUGUUACGUUAACACAAAUGAGUUGGAUUGAACACUGUUGUUUUUGCUGGCUGUCGUAGCAAAUUUUGUACUGGAGCAGAGUGGUUUUCAAAUGUUCUUUAUUGAUAACUGCAAUGCUUAGUUAUUUAAUAGGCAGUUAUUUAUUAACAUUAUUUUGUAUAUGUUUCUUAAUGGUUUGAGGGAAGGAGCAAAGUUGCUUUUGUACAAGGACAUUCUCAACUCCUCUUGCCUUGUCUGGAAACAGUGAUGAGUCUAGUAAUUACAUUUAGUUUAUUUGAGGUUCUUCUACUAUUUGCCCAGGUUGUGUACAUGUUUUCUGAAUUCUGUUCAAAUGUGGUCGUUGCCUUGAUUUCUUCCUGUCCUUGUUUCAUCCCAAUGACUGGGAAUCCAAAAUUCUAGAAA